AUUUAUUGAUUCGAAAUAUGAGUCAACAGAGGAAGCCACAAAGGAGAAAAAGCAAAGCAGAGACCGAGUAAUCUCUCUCUGUAAGUAAUACGAAAGCCAUUUUUUUCCUCAAAAUCCUUCCUUUUUUUUGGAUUCUCGGACUCUCUGUUUCUGUAUUAUCGCAUGUGUUUUUUGGUUUCUCUUCCACAUUCAAAUCCCUCACUCUUCUUUUUGUUUUCUUUUUCUGUUUUCCUUUUUGCAAUUUGAAAUUGAACCCUAAGACUGAUUUGGGUGGGUCGAAGAAUUCGGACGGAAUAUCUGUUGAUUGUUACUUAAUUCUAUAUUUUUGUAUCUGGGAAGUUCUUAGAAUCGGAUUUUGAGUGGGAUUUCAGAUCUUUGGUAUUGAGUGUUUCAGGCGUCUGGGUGUUUGAAUACGAUUCUAGCUAGGUUUUCUGGAAUAGCAGAUGAUAUGUUCGAUUUCGGUUAUGGGUUCAAGACAGCGAUUUUGUCCGAUCUGUUCUAGGAGUGAAUCUGCUUACUUUUUAGAUGAAAAGGGUAGCUUUGGUUUGCUUUGUUCAUUUGAGUUGAUGCUGGUAAAGUGUCUGCUAUGAUUGCUGGAUGCUACCUCCUUAAGGAAAAAUGGAGUUUUUACUGAACUGAUGGAUUUGUAGUGUAGUUGGUAGCUUUCAACAGGUUUCUGGAGGCUAAGGAAAAGGGUGUUUUACUAAUUUUGGAGUGUUACUUUAUCGGUUUUAUAUGAAUUAUGAUCAAGCAGAUAUUUAGUAAGCUUCCCCGAAAAUCAUCGAAGGGUGGAGAGAGUAGGGAACAUGGUGGAAGCCAUAUGGCACCAUCAACUGCUUAUGCUUCUGCCAGUUCGAGAAGUAAUGAUUUAGCUUCUGGCAAGUCGGCAAAUUUGGUUUCAUCAUUUGCGGCGACCAACUCUGUUCAAGAUGUGGGGCAAAAUCAUGGCACCAAGGCUAAUAAAGGUGGGAACGCAAAACUGAAUGGAAUUCCCACGUCUUCAUAUGAGCCAUUGCCUGGGUUUAGGGAAGUUCCAAGCUCUGAAAAGCAGAAUUUGUUUGUUAAGAAGCUAAAUCUGUGCUGCUUUUUGUUCGACUUCACUGACCCAACCAAGCACCUUAAAGAGAAGGAGAUCAAGCGACAGACUUUGUUGGAGAUUGUGGAUUAUGUAACUUCUGUUAAUAGUAAAUUUACUGAGACGGUUAUUCAGGAAGUUAUAAAAAUGGUCUCGAUAAAUAUAUUUAGAACAAUGAGUCCUCAACCACGUGAGAACAAAAUUGUGGAAGGUUUUGAUUUGGAAGAGGAGGAGCCUUCAAUGGAUCCCGCGUGGCCUCAUUUACAAAUUGUGUAUGAAUUCUUUCUCAGAUUUGUGGCCUCGCCUGAGAUGGAUGCGAAAUUGGCUAAAAGAUAUAUCGAUCAUUCUUUCAUUCUAAAACUGCUGGAUUUGUUCGACUCUGAAGAUCCGAGAGAAAGAGAAUACUUGAAAACUAUUCUGCACCGUAUCUAUGGGAAAUUUAUGGUACACCGGCCAUUCAUUAGAAAAGCUAUAAAUAACAUAUUUUAUCGAUUUAUAUUUGAGACCGAAAAGCAUAAUGGGAUUGCCGAACUUUUAGAAAUUUUGGGAAGUAUCAUCAAUGGGUUUGCUCUCCCUCUGAAAGAAGAGCACAAGUUAUUCCUUGUGCGUGCACUGAUCCCUUUGCAUAAACCAAAAUGCCUAGCUAUGUACCACCAGCAGCUAUCAUACUGCAUCACGCAAUUUGUGGAGAAAGAUUGCAAGCUUGCUGAUACAGUCAUAAGAGGUUUAUUGAAGUAUUGGCCAGUUACAAAUAGUUCGAAAGAAGUAAUGUUUCUGAGUGAGUUGGAAGAAGUAUUAGAAGCAACUCAACUUCCAGAGUUCCAGCGCUGCAUGGUACCCCUGUUUCGCCAGAUUGCCCGGUGCCUAAAUAGUUCACAUUUUCAGGUAGCAGAAAGGGCGCUAUUCUUGUGGAAUAAUGACCACAUUGAAAACUUGAUCAAAGAAAAUCGCAAGGUUAUACUGCCCAUAAUCUUUCCAGCUCUGGAAAAGAAUGCCAAUCACUGGAACCAGGCUGUCCAUAGCUUGACUUUGAACGUUCGAAAAAUAUUUUAUGAUCUUGAUCCUGAUCUGCUCAAAGAAUGCUUAGUCAAGUUUCAGGAGGACGAAUUGAAAGAAAAUGAGCUGAAAGCAAGACGCGAGGCUACAUGGAAUCGUUUAGAAGAGCUUGCUGCAAAGAAAGCUGCAAGUAACGAAGCCGUGCUUGUUUCUCAUAAAUUACCUACUCGGACAGCAUCGGUUUAGUGUGCGAGUAAGACAUAUUUACUUCCAUUUACUCGACCUUGUUGAUUGGGGGUGUAGUAUGCUGUAGUAGCAUAUAGUUUAGGUCAAGUUUCCAUGGACCGUUGAUUUGUUACCUGCUAUAUGAUAAUAUCUUGUGGGGUUCUUUUCUGUCAAAUAACCAUAGUUCCAGUAUGCAUAUUCUUAACUUUUUCCGAGUGCUA